UUUUUAAUUUCGACGUUCAAAUCGAUUCAAGCCUGGCGAUUGCAUCUGAUUCCUGUUUGGGAGAGGCGAAAUGAUGAUAUCAAACGGAAUCGAAGACGAGGAGAAAUGGCUCGCCGAAGGCAUCGCCGGAAUUCAGCACAACGCCUUCUACUUGCAUCGAGCUUUGGAUUCCAAUAAUCUACGGGAAGCACUCAAAUACUCUGCGCAAUUGUUAUCUGAGCUAAGAACUUCGAGGCUGUCGCCGCACAAAUAUUAUGAGCUCUAUAUGCGGGCUUUUGACGAAUUGAGGAGAUUGGAGAUUUUCUUCAAAGAAGAAGAUCGGCAUGGCUGUCCAGUGAUUGAUCUAUACGAGCUUGUUCAGCACGCAGGGAACAUCUUGCCUAGACUGUAUCUUCUAUGCACAGUUGGAUCUGUUUAUAUAAAAUCAAAAGAGGCUCCGGCUAAGGAUAUUCUCAGGGAUCUUGUUGAAAUGUGCCGUGCUGUUCAGCAUCCCGUCCGUGGGCUUUUCCUAAGAAGUUAUCUUGCUCAAGUUAGUAGAGAUAAGCUACCAGAUAUUGGUUCAGAGUAUGAAGGCGAAGGUGAUACUGUCAUGGAUGCUGUGGAGUUUGUGCUACAGAAUUUCACAGAGAUGAAUAAGCUCUGGGUCCGGAUGCAGCACCAGGGACCUCACAGGGAGAAAGAGAAACUCGAAAAGGAACGGAACGAACUGCGCGAUCUGGUGGGCAAGAAUUUACAUGUCCUGAGUCAGAUAGAAGGUAUUGACCUUGAAAUGUACAGAGACACUGUUCUUCCUAGUGUAUUGGAGCAGAUUGUGAAUUGUAAGGAUGAACUUGCCCAAUAUUAUUUGAUGGACUGCAUAAUUCAAGUAUUUCCAGAUGAAUACCACUUGCAGACUCUUGAGACGUUAUUGAGUGCCUGCCCCCAACUUCAACCUACGGUUGACCUGAAAACAGUUUUAUCUCAACUGAUGGAGAGGUUAUCAAACUAUGCUUCCUUGAAUCCUGAAUUGUUACCAGAAUUUUUACAAGUUGAAGCAUUUUCGAAGCUGAGCAAUGCAAUUGGAAAGGUCAUGGAAGCACAAGUUGAUAUGCCUGUUGUUGGAGCAAUUUCUUUAUAUGUUUCUCUUCUGACUUUCACUCUCCGUGUACAUCCUGAUAGGCUGGAUUAUGUGGAUCAAGUGCUGGGAGCAUGUGUCAAAAUAUUAUCUGGAAAACCGAAGCUUGAAGACAGUAAAGCAACAAAACAAGUUGUCGCCCUUCUGAGUGCUCCGCUUGAUAAAUAUGAUGAUAUUGUCACAGCUCUCACACUUUCUAAUUAUCCUCGUGUGAUGGAUCAUCUUGAUGCUGGAACAAAUAAAGUCAUGGCGAUGGUUAUCAUCCGAAGCAUUAUGAAAAACAAAAGUUGGGUUUCAACUUCUGACAAGGUUGAGGUACUAUUUGAACUUAUCAAAGGGCUUAUAAAGGAUUUGGAAGCAAUUUCUACAGAUGAGCUUGAUGAAGAGGACUUCAACGAGGAGCAAAACUCUGUUGCAUGCCUAAUGCACAUGUUGUAUAAUGAUGAACCAGAGGAGAUGUUAAAGAUAAUAUGUACUGUGUGGAAGCAUGUAAUGUCUGGAGGUCCAAAACGCCUACCCUUCACAGUCCCAUCUCUUGUUUUCUCUGCUCUCAAGUUGGUGAGGAGACUACAAGGCCAAGAUGGAGAUGUAGGUGGAGAGGAAGUUCCAGCCACCCCAAAGAAGAUAUUUCAGCUCCUUAAUCAGAUCAUUGAGACUCUUUCCGUAGUUCCUGCACCUGAGCUGGCAUUAAGGCUGUACUUGCAAUGUGCAGAGGCAGCUAAUGAUUGCGACCUUGAGCCGGUGGCUUAUGAUUUUUUCACACAGGCCUUUGUCUUAUACGAGGAAGAAGUAGCGGAUUCUAAAGCCCAGGUGACAGCUAUACACCUAAUAAUAGGGACUCUACAAAGGGUGAAUGUCUUCGGUGUCGAGAACAGAGAUACCUUGACUCAUAAAGCCACAGGGUACUCAGCGAAACUUCUAAAGAAGCCAGAUCAGUGCAGAGCAGUUUAUGCGUGUUCACAUCUUUUCUGGGUUGACGAUCAGGAUGGCAUUAAAGAUGGAGAAAGGGUUCUGCUCUGCUUGAAGCGUUCAUUAAGGAUUGCCAACGCUGCUCAGCAGAUGACAAAUGUUACCAGGGGUAGCAGUGGACCUGUAACUCUCUUCGUUGAAAUACUUAACAAGUAUCUAUAUUUCUUCGAGAAGGGAAAUCCUCAGAUUACAGCUUCUGUGAUUCAAGGCCUAAUAGAGUUGAUUAAAACCGAGAUGCAGAGUGACAAUGCAGUUGUGAAUCCUGUAUCAGAUGCAUUCUUCACAAGCACGUUGCGUUAUAUUCAAUUCCAGAAAGAAAAAGGAGGCGCUAUGGGUGAAAAGUAUGAUUCUAUUAAGUUGGGAGGAUAAAGAUCGAGGAACUGAACCGUUUAUCUGUAAGGGCUAUGAAGAGUUCUCCUUUGUUAUUUUGGAUCUCGACACGAACAGCGAAGCCGAGAAACUGCACAUCCACUGUAUUAUUCUGUUAGCUGGUGUUCUUCAUAAUUUGUACUAUGCAUUAAUGAGUUCCUAGAAUAGUAGACUGAUUCUUGAAUCAUGUUGGACGUGGCCAAUAAUAAUGGUCCAAAUCGGCUCUAUUGUGUAUAAGAAACUAAUGUAUAUUGAUUUGUUUCUAAACAAUAAACUUGUUUCUGUAAA